CUCACACACACCCAACCAAUCAACCAAUUGCCUGCGAGGAGGUUGAGCUCGAGAGCAACGAACGCAGUAGCGGCGUCGUGCAACGUCGCCGUCGUCAUCACUGCCAUCGCAUACGCUAGCAUUAGAGCAUUUCUGGCAGACUGCCCGGUAUGACGGCUUCACAGGAUGCCGUCUACAUCGAGCCGGCGCCCGACGUCAUCCCUGCUCGCUCCACCAUCGAGCACGUCCAGCUGCGAGACAUCCUUCAGCCAUCCACGUCCAAGGGCAAGUGCCUCAUCUUGAACCGCCUCAAGAUUGACGAAGUCGACUUUAACAAUACUCAGAAGGGUCAGCGCACAUUCUGCACGCUCGACUUCCGCGCCAACUGCCUCGCCACUGCCCAUGGUCUUCUGGCUGCCGGUGGGCAGAGCAGCGAGCUGGCUAUUCGGCCUCUAAUACCACCCUCGCAUUGCAAAGACGGCCGCGGUGAUGAGGAGAGUGACAGCGACGAUGACCAAUGGAAGCCGUCCAGAUCGUCCGGAGCUUGGCUGCUGCGCACGCCUACAGGGGGCAGCAUCAACAAUUCCAUUUCAAUUCACAUCGACCCCUCAGCCAUUGCCAACUACAAGACGCCUACGACGCUCUCAUCUCCGCCUGCCCCGAGCUCAAGCUCUCAGCCGACGUCAAAGAAGCAGCGUAGGCAUUCGAGGCUGCCUCAGGGUCACCCUCGCGGGCCUCCGCCGCCAGAUGGAGUGUGGCUGCGAGAUGAGCCUAUUGGGCGCGGCCUCGACGAUCCUCAGAGCCAUGCCUCGUCCUCUCGCAGCGAUAUGGAGAUGGCCAUCGACCUUAGCGACUCCGACGGCGAGGCUAGCAUCUUCGAUGAUGGUGGUGAAGAGGUCAAAUGGGGCCGCACAGCCAUACCCUCACCCGCGCCCCCUGUCCAUCGCGUCUAUGUUAGCAACAACGAUCAGACGCUCAAGAUCUUCAAGCUACGUCCGCCGUCGGGAGCAUCCGGAAUGAUGGGCGAUUCAUCUUCUGCAUCGGGCAAGAAAUCAGGCCGCAGCGGCGGAGCAAGCAAUGCCUUUGUCCCCCACCUCGAAGGCGGCCUACCCGGCCUCUCUCGCUCCUACACCAUCACCUUCCCCACCGCCGUGAAUCACACUUCCCUCUCACCGGACGGUCGCUCCCUUGUAGCAGUCGGCGACACGCCGGACGUCUUCCUCUACCAUCGACACGACGACGGCUUCUUCACAAAGACGGCUACCUAUCAAGCUACGAGCGAUGCGAGCUUCUCGACGAGCUGGCAUCCUGAUGGGACCAAGUUUGCCGUCGCCAGUCAAGACGGCGUGAUCAGCGUGUGGGACGUGCGAUCCAAGAAGAAGCUGGCGGAGAUCAAGACGGCUCAGAGCUCUACGGUGGGACUGCUGACGUCGAAUGGGGCGGACGGCGCUGCGCGCGUGGUCAAAUUCAGCCCCUGUGGCCGCUUUCUCGCCUUUACGGAGCAUCGGCUUUACUUUCACAUCUAUGAUACCCAGACGUACAGCAAGGGCCAGAAGAUUCGCGUACCCAUUAGCGUGACGGAUGGAGCGGGCAACGAGAGCAGCGGAGAAGGGGCUGCGGCUGGAGACAGCAGGAUUCGUAGGAGGCAGGCGUCUCGUCCUAGUGUCCCUCCGCACCACCCCUACGCCUUCUCCCCAUUCCCAGAGUCGGGAGAACGCAAUGCCCCGGCGGAGACCGGAGCCAGGGACAGGUCCUUCUGGCGUCAGCUGCAUCUCAGUGGGGGCGGACCAGGCGAAGGAGCAGGUCCAGCGUCAACAUCUGCUCCUACUCGGUGGUCGUUGGAUCGCGCCUCGUUUGAGGCAGAAGAGCUCAACAGUGGAGGCGGCGGCAGCGGGGACGAAAUCGCUGUAGGAACGACUGCGAGCGCGACGGAGAACAACCCGGACAGUGCGGUACGUGCUCUACGAGAUGCCCAACGAUCUCUACGCAGCGUACGGGAGCGACUGGCGUACCGCGCCUUCCAGCAGGUGCAGCGAGAGAGGGAACAAUCCUCGCUGCGGAGAGGAAGCGUCAUUCCUCGCACCUCGUCCAUUACGACUGUGGAGAGGGCAGCGCUGCAUCGCGCCUUGGCAGAAGGCUGGCAGCCGCAAGCCGUGCUCGAUGAAGCUGGAGCAGGAGGAGGAGCAGAGGACCAGAUCGCUGGCGGCGACGAGGAUAUCGCGCGCGAGCGGGCACAAAGCGAGGAGGCUGGUUCGAGCAACACAUUGCCCAUGCUGCGAGCUUACUCUGCCCUCUACUCGCCACUUGGCCCCCUCUCGGGCUGGCCAGACGCGCCGCGAGGGAGCACGACUACGACGACCUCCUCACGCCUAGAAGAGCCUCUCGACCGGCAGCUCAACGACGGCGGUAAUGCCUGGCUUCCCUCUGCUCUCCCUUCCCUUGCCCGGUCCAUCCCUUCUCCCUCGUCCCACAUCCCCUUUGGCAGCAUUGGCGGCUUGUCAGCAGAGGAGGAGGCGUGGCAUAACAUCUCGGGACUUUGCUGGGACCCAUCAGAGGAUGGGGACUGCUUGUACGUUGCGACGGAGCGACUCGUUUGCAGGUAUAGGAUCAGAGAGUUGAGGAGAGGGAGCGAGAGGGGUGAUGUCUGCUAGCGUCGUGCGUGUUUCCGCCUCAUAUUUCAUCACUGUGUAUCACUAUCCUGCUCGCUUCAUCACUGUCAUGCCGAUCAUGCUUCGCUCUUGG